GUAACCAAACAACUUGUCACCAUCUGAACCCAUCUCCCAAAGUCAAACCUUAGAUCUGAGGCUGUCCUCCUAUAAUAAAAGCCUCUCAUCCUGUAAAUCUGAGUUUCUUACUUCCAACACAUCAAGAGAGCAUUCGUAUUAGUACAUUUGAUUUACUUCCUUUCCAAUUUCUGUUGCACCAGCUCAAGAACAUGGCUGCAAUUGGCUAUGGCAUCGCAGUCAAGGUCCUGGAGCUGCUUGGAUCCCGUACUUUCCAAGAGACCAGCUCGGCAUGGGGCGUCAAAAGUGAUCUGACAAAGCUUGAGCGCACUGUCAAAGCCAUCAAUCAAAGCCGUACUCUUGGAUGCUGAGGAGAAGCAAGUAAGUGACCAUGGGCUGAGUGUUUGGCUAGGGGAGCUCAAAGACGUUCUUAAAGAUGCCGAGAAUGUGUUGGAUGAAUUUCAGUACAUAGUUCUGCAGAAGGAAGUCAUGAAGAGAAACGGGAGCACUAGCAAAAAGGUGAGUAAUUUCUUUUCAAGUUCUAACCCACUUGCAAUCCGUUUUGAAAUGGCAGAUAAAAUCAAAAGUAUUAGGAAGAGGGUAGAUGAAAUUUCAGCUGAGAAAGAUAAAUUCAAUCUUGCUCAUGGACUUGAAGAUAGAAAGUUAAAUAUGCAGGAAAGGAGGGAAAUGACCCACUCCUUUGUUCAUCCUCGGAAUGUCAUUGGUAGGGAUGAUGCCAAAAAACAGAUUCUAGAUCUUUUGAUGCAGCAAGAUGCUGGCAGAAAUGUCAAUGUAAUUUCUGUGGUUGGGAUUGGAGGUUUGGGGAAGACCACACUUGCCAAGUUGGUUUAUAACGAUGAACAGGUAGUUGGCCAUUUUCAAUUGAGAAUGUGGGUAUGCAUAUCUGAAAAUUUUGAUAUUAUAUGGUUGAUAAAAGAAAUCCUUAAAUCUGCACUUGGUAAAAUUGAUGAGACUUUGAGUCUAGAUUGGUUGCAAAUUCACUUGAGAGAACUUAUAAAAGAUAAGAAAUUUCUUCUUGUCUUAGAUGAUGUUUGGAAUGAAGAUCGUAAAAAAUGGAUUGAAUUAGAAAAUUUGUUAGUUGGUGAUUGUAAUGGAAGUAAAAUCUUAGUGACAACACGGAAUAACUCUGUUGCUACUAUUAUGGGCACUACUACCACAUACAAUCUAAAAGGUCUACCCGAAGAGGACUGUAUGUCUUUGUUUGUGAAAUUGGCAUUUAAGGUAGGACAAGAAAAUCAAUAUCCUAACCUCUUAAAUAUUGGAAGAGAAAUUGUCAAAAAAUGUAAAGGGGUUCCAUUGGCAGUGAGUACUUUAGCUGGCCUACUUUAUUUAAAAGUUGAUGAACAUAAGUGCAAAUUUAUUAGAGAUAAUGAGAUAUGGAAUUUAGAACAAAAGGAAGGUGACAUCUUACCCGCAUUGAAGCUUAGUUACAAUCAAUUGCCAUUUCACUUGAAGCAAUGUUUUGCAUAUUGUUCUGUUUUUCCAAAGGAUUACGAAUUCAUUAAUUUUCGAUUGAUUCAAUUUUGGAUGACACAUGGAAUUCUUCAAUCACCUAAGGAUGAAAAUGUAGAGUUGGCAGAUGUUGGUGACUUGUAUAUCAAAGAGCUGUUGUCAAGAUCUUUCUUUCAAGAUGUUAGUCAAGAGGAAUUUGUGCCCAUGUAUACCUUUAAAAUGCAUGAUUUGGUCCAUGAUCUUGCACUCUCAAUUGCCAAAGGUGAGUGUUCGGUAGUAACCAAGAAGUCUACCCUUGUUGCAGAAGUUUGUCAUCUGUCAAUUUUGGAGAAUGGGCAAGAAGUUACAACACAAUUAGAGAAGUUGAGCAAAGUCAAGACUAUUAUUUUCAAAACAGAGCAACCUGCAUCCUUUCUUGAAGCAUGUAUCGCAAGAUUUAAGUACUUGCGGGUGCUUGAUCUGAGCAAUUCAUCCUUUGAGGUGUUGCCAAGUUCCGUUGGAAAUUUGAAACAUUUGAGAUAUCUUGACCUAUCAGGUAAUCGCAUAAUCAAGCAACUUCCAAAUUCCAUUUGCAAGCUACACAGUUUGCAAACUUUACUGCUUGCUGAUUGCAGCAAUCUUGAACGGUUACCAAAAGGUAUAAGGGACAUAAUUAGCCUCAGGUUUUUGUUUAUUACAACAAAGCAUACCUGCUUGUGGGAGAAGGCAGUAGGUUGCUUGGAUUCUCUUCGAUCUUUGUUGAUUUGGAGAUGUGAGAAUCUAAAAUGUCUGUUUGAAGAGAUGGAGGGGCACCUCACCAAUCUUCGAACGUUGUUUGUUGGAGAAUCUCCAAGUUUGACCUCUUUGUCACUCAAUAUCAAACACCUAACUGCCCUAGAGAACCUAAUAAUUGUGAAUUGUGAAGAACUUAGUUUGACGGAUAAAGAAGAGAAUCAAGAUCUCAAGUUAAGCCUCCGAUUGUUGAUGAUUGGGAAGUUACCUAAGUUGGAGGUUUUGCCUCAAUGGCUCCAAGCAUCUGCCAACACUUUACAACACCUAGUGAUUGUAGAUUGUUGUAAUUUCACUGCUUUGCCUGAGUGGCUGCCACAUUUGAAAUCACUUCAGAAACUUACAAUUAGAAAUUGCCCUAAGUUCUCAUCUCUCCCAGAGGGGAUGCAAGAUCUCAUUGCACUAAGAGAAUUUCAGAUUGAAUAUUGUCCUAAGUUGAGUAGAAAGUGCAGAGAAGAAGUUAGGCACAAGAUUGCUCAUGUACCAAACAUUAAUUUUGAUGACGAUUUGGAUGAGGACAGUGGAAGUUCAUCAGAGAGAUGAUGAUAUCAGCAUAUGUUUACAAGGAGAAGAUGAUGAGGAGUUCAACACAAGUCACAAUCAAUAGAGUCUAAAUGUUGCCCAAUUCAAAGUCACAUUUCCUUUUGUA